AUGUGGCUUUGGGUCGUUGUGACGUUGUUAUUGAUAAGUACGGUUUAAAGAUUUUAAAAAUAUGCAGAUUAAUCUAUUUUUUAAAAUUUAAAUUUUUUAAAAAAAUUAAAAAAAUUUUUGAAAUGCGUUUUCUAGGCAGUGUAAAUGGAAAAGACUGCUACGAUUGUAACGGCUUUUUCUAUGACAAUCCAGGCUUUGGAAGUAAGCAUUGUUUGGUUGUCGGCCCGAAAACUCCGUUGAAGAAAAUUUGUCAUACAUGUGCAACGGGCGUUGGUGUUUAUACUGAAGAUAGAAGUCGUAAGUGUUGACUAGUCUUAGUGUUACUUCAAGCUAUAGUCCUAACUUUUUGCACUAGCUUUAGCUAUGGCUCUAAUUUAAAUUAUAAUCUUGAUGUGCCCUGGCCUUAGUCUUAGCCUUGUCUUAAGCUCUAGCCUUUGCUUUAAUGUUAGCCCUAAUUUUAGCCUUAACCUUGUUCUGUUCCAGCCAUGUCUAAUCCAAACCUUAAUUCUGUCCUGUCUUAACGCUAGCCCCGGUCCAAGCCCAUCUCUGUUCUGCCUUAGUGCUAGUUAUAGUCCAAGCCCUAACUUUAUCCUGCUCUAGCCUUAGUCCAAGCCUUAAUCUUGUUCUUGUUUAGUCAGGUCUUAGUCCUAGCCCUAGUCCAAGACCUAACUCUAUAUUAGUCCAAGCGCUAACUAUGUUCUGCUUUAGCUAUGCCUUAGUCCAAGUCAUAAUCCGGUUUUAGCGUCAGCCCUACUACAAGCCCUAGCCCUAAGUCUUAACUCUGUUCCGCUCUAGCUCUAGUCCGAGUAUUAACUCUGUCCUGUCCCGGUGCUAGCCCUCAUCCAAGCUCGAACCCUGUUUUGCCCUACUCAUGCUUUAGCGCAAGUUCUUAUCAUAACGUCAGCUCUAUUAUAAUCCCUAGUCUAAGACCUAACCCUGGACUGCUUAAGCCAUGCCUUAGUCUUAGCUCUAGUUCAAGGCCUAACCUGUCUUUGUCUAUGUUAUAACUUUGUCUUGUUAUAGCCAUGCCGUAUUCCAAGCUUUAACUCUGUCUUGUCCUAGUCAUGUUUUAGUCUUAGGUUCAGGCUUAGUCUACUUUUACUAACUUUAAAAUUUUUUUUAGUUGUGGAUUUCCCCCUCGUUCAUCGGUCUUGCAAUGUACAUAAUAUUGUAAGGCCUUUUUAUUUAAAUUUUUUUUAUUUUAUAAGUUAAAACAAUUUUUUUAAUAAAAAUUUUUUUGUUUCAGUAUUAUUUUCAGACAAAAUGCCAAAACCUAACCUUUGAAUAUAAAUUUGGCAAGAUGUCCGGCUACUUUUGUCCUUGUGAAGGAGCACUGUGCAAUAAUCAACCUUAUGUGGCUAGCACAACACUACUCCCAACAACCAAACUACCUACCACAAUAUUGUCCACAACCACAGAAGCCACUACAACAUCGACUGAUCCUACAACUACAACACGUCUAUUGCCAACCACCACUUCCAUUGUUGUAGUAUCCACAACUUCAGGCCAAGAUUCAACUGUUACUGGCUUUGACAAUACUACAGUAGACACAAACACGACCUUGCCAAUUCAAUCCACUACCGACUGCUCGAUCUCCACUACAACUGGUGGAGAUACAACAUCGUUUACUGAAGUAACGACUGAUCAAACUGGAACGUUUUCCACUGUUUCUGAAUCAACUUCUGAAUUCUCUACUGUAAAUCCUGUUUCAACAGCUCCAGCCUUGUUCCCCACCGACUGGUCGAUCUCACUGACGAUUUUUUUCCUGAACUAUAUUUGGUUUAACUUGUUGUAG